CGAUUAUAUUUGGAUGAGAUUUGUUGAACUUUGGGAUUGUUUAAUUAACUUAAUAAGUCCGAUUUAGUUGACCCCAAAAAGUGGGGUCUGAAACUGGGCAUGAUCUCAAGUCAUCGUUAAGCCAUGCGGUUGAAAUUUUUCUGGGUCCAACAAAACUUGUCUUUCUAGAAAAUUUCUCAUUCAAAGGGGCGAAAAUUUUCUGGGAAAAUUAUGGUUUUCUUUUUAGCGCGUUUGACUAUUCCAAUUUUCAUUUAUCGACCAACAAUUUCUUUUUUCUUUUUGGCUCACCUACUGAUUGCAACAUGUAUAUAAGAAUAAACUUAGGAAUACUAUUGCAUUACAACUCCUUGGUUUUCUUCUCCUCUUCGUUUUCGUUUCUGUCAAUUUUUUAUCACAGCGACUGAGCUAUCCAUGGCAGCUGAAGCUUUGACGGAAGAACAGAUUGCUGAUUUUCGUGAAGCUUUCUGUUUGAUUGACAAAGAUGCAGAUGGAUUCAUCACCAUGGAAGAGCUUGCGGGAGUACUUCAGUCAUUGGAUGGACAUCCCACCAAGAACGAAGUUAGAGAUAUGAUAAGUGAAGUUGAUGUCGACGGUAACGGGACGAUAGAUUUCGAUGAGUUUCUGAAUGUCAUGGCAAGGAAAAUGAAGGACAAUGUUUCUGAGGAGCUAAAAGAAGCCUUCAAAGUGUUUGAUAGGGACCAAGAUGGUUAUAUCUCAGCUUUUGAGUUGAGAAACGUGAUGAUAAAUUUGGGAGAGAGAUUGACAGACGAAGAGGCCGAACAGAUGAUUCGAGAGGCCGAUUUGGAUGGCGAUGGCAGAGUGAGCUAUGAAGAGUUUGCCAGGAUAAUGACAAUCAGUUGAUCUCAUUUCCAACAUGUGAUUUACAUUAGAUGAAACUUCACAAUCUUUCAUUCAUGUUUAUUGAUACCAUCACUGUAAAUUAGAAUACUAAAAGUUGUUAGAUUCUUAAUAAAGAUUAAAGAGAUGUUUCUUUUUCUCUAUGUAUCUUCAUUUGAUUUUAAAUUACUGAUUGUUUUGGUGUAAUCCUGGAUGUAGCUUCUCAUAUUUGUUCCUUUUUGAAUUCCCAUGUAUCAAUAAUAUGACCAUUUUGUAA